AUGACCCAGCCCAAAUUUGCACUUGCUUUGACCGUUUUACCCUUACCUCCAUCAACCUUAUCUUCUCGUUCUCUCUUCUUGUCACGGACGGUACCUCUAUCUCGUAUUUCCCGUCUCUCUUCUCUCACUGGUCGGGAGCACGCCCCAAGCUGCGCCGCCGAGCUCUGCGCGGAGCUCGCAUUUCUGACCUCGAGCGUCGAGGCAGGGGGUGCGGACACCCUCAUCCCUAACUCCGUGCUCAAGGCGGCCAUCGGCACGACGGCACUUGCGCCGCCGUCUGUCGAGGCGGCGCGGCAGGCCGUGCUGCGCACUAUGCCUCCGGCGGCCGCCAAGUCCAUGAGGACCACUGCAAGGCAUGCGACCGUGAUGGCCGCGAGCACAUCGAACUCGUUCUACUCGUCCCCGGCGUCCACGUCGUCGUACGGGUCAGCCUCGAAGAUCACCACGGCGGAGGACGAGGCCAAGGAAGAGGCACCGUGGAGGAGGAUGGUUGCUUCAGAGACUAAGAUGAUGAAGCAGCCUAAUUGGGUCUUCGUUGAGAAAGAAUCGGUAACUGACUUAAGAGAGCAAAUUCUCCAACUCAUUGAGCAUGAUUGUCACAAUCAAGAGGAAAAAUCACGGGCAGAGCUACUGGAGAAGCUCAAGAGCUGUAAAAGAGAUACGCUAAUCGAACUGUGUCGUUCAUUUGAUGUCAUUGGCUCAAGAGCUAAUAGGAAGGAGGAACUGGUAUUGUUUCUGAUGGAAUUCAUUAAGGAUCACUGUUCUGGUGAUGGCAUAAACUCUGAUAAGAAAUUCAAGAAAAGAAGGCGUGUAAAAGAAGAUGAAAAUUUGUCUACUGGUAAACCUUCAAAGAAAAAGAAACGAGAAGGUGAAGAGGAAGCAGACGAGAGGAAGGGUGUGGAGGAUAGAGGAAAACAUUCUGACUGUGAUUUGAUGGACAACAAAUAUUCAUGUGCUGAUAGUAAGAAUGGAUUCCCAAAUGAACAGACCAACUUUGAGCCUUCUGAGAGGAUAAAUGACUCUGUGUCAGAGAAUUUAGAUGGAGCAUCACUCAGCGAAGCGCCAAUUCCUACAGAUGAACAAGUAAUAAUAAUCACACCACCUACAAAGUUUGUUACAGCUGCUGCGGGUGACGGUACUGACGUGAAGGCUUUAAAAAGGAAAAUGUCUUAUAUAACCAAGAAAAAAGCAACUCCUAAGGAAGAUUGCAAAGUCAAAUUGUGUGGUAAACAGGAGUCUAAAGGAGACACAAAACCUCGAAAACAGGCAAUCAAACCAAGUAAGGAUGAGCUGAGGGAAGCUGUCUUUCUUAUCUUGGAUACCGCGGACUUUGCCACGAUGACCUUUGGAGAUGUUGUAAAAGAAGUCGACAAAUACUUUGGCAAGGAUCUGUUUGAGAGAAAACCACUAAUAAGGUGCCUUAUAGAAGAGGAGCUCUUUAGGCUAGCAGACGAGGCAGAGAAGAAGGAAUUGGAAGAGUCGGAAGCAGCAGAGGCGAAGGCUAGAGCUGAGCAAGCUGCCAAGGAGAUGGCACAAGUUCAAACAGUUGAAUCGGGUAUCAACAGGCAAAAUGUACUUCAAGCUGGUCGAAAUAGCAACACUAAAGGCAGUCUAAAGAAUGCAAAUGACAGUACUAACAAAACAUGUAUUGGUGGUGGGGCUUCUGUGGAGUCUGCUUUCAAGAGAAACAGCUGUUAUGCUGCUGAAGGUUCAGAAGGCCACAAAGCUGACACUGAUGCAAAGAAUAAAAACAUAACUAAGGAUGGCAAUGGUGAAAAGGUUGCACUUGCACCCAUUGCAAACAGUGAUUGUACCUCACAACUACAAGAUUCAAACAAUGUCGAGGCUGAGAUGAUGAAGAACAACGAUGUUGAAACCCAAGAAGGGUCAAAAGGUGGCAAUGUGAAAGGCGCUAGCAAUGGAGAAGACGACACUGAAGAUGGUAGAAAUGAAAAAAACAAGAGUGGGAAUGUUGAUAGCAAUGCAGAAGCUGUCAACUGUUGUGAAGCUGAAGAGUCUGUCAAUCAUGGAAAUAAUGAACGUGUAGAACACACAGAAGAUGACAAAGCUCAUGAAGCUAACCCUAAUGAGAACAGUGCAAAUGUAGAAAUCCAUGGUGAUGGAGACGGCGAAGCAAAAGAAAGCGAUAUAAAUGCGGAACAAAGUCAAGCAGACGGUGGCAGCAAUAAUAAGGCUGAAGAUGCUGAGCACAAUGAAAACACCAAAGUUGAUGGUGCCAAUUCAAGCAAGAAUGGUACUGCCGAGAAUGGAAAGACUGAUGUUGAUGUGAAAGGCAACAGCGAUGGCACAGCUGAAGGAAGCCCAGCGUGA